GCGCAGGCGCAGGCGCGGGGGGUGGGCCAGGCCGCCGCCGCCGCCGCCAGUGGUCCCCAUGGCGCUGGUGGCGGGCCCCGAGGUGCUGGGGUUCCGGGUCCCUACGGAGAGCGGCAAGGCCCUGCUGGUCUGGGGGCUGGAGGAGGGGGCGGAGCAUUCUCUGUUUUCAGCAUUUUCUGAGUUUGGGUUGCUGUAUUCAGUUCGAGUUCACAGAAAUGCUGCAGUUGCGGGGCCUGGGUAUUAUGCUCUGGUCAAGUUCUAUUCAGCUAGAGAUGCCAGCAGAGCCCAGCGCGCAUGCCACAGGCAAAGAUUAUUUCAGAAAUCUCCCUUAAAGGUUUGCAUUUGCACCAGACAGAAGGCCUUUAAGCAGCAAGUCCUUGCUCUGAGGAGUUACAAGUGUAAGGAAUUAGCCAAUUACUACCUUGGUUUCAAUGGCUGGUCGAACCAGAUCAUUAUGCUGCGGAAUAUUUCUGGGUUUGACUUGGAGAAUGAGGAGCUGGGAGGCUUGCUAGAGAGGAAGUGCCUGAAAUACCUGUGCGUUGUGGAAGUAACGCUGCCCCAUCAUGGGAUCUGCACCAGAGGACUUGGCGUUGCUGAGGCACAUGUAGAAAAUGGCCGAGAUCCCCUUGAGUUUGUCAUGAAAACAGGAAAUGUUCAGAAACUUGCAGUUGAGAAAGCUCUGUCGGGUGCAUUUCAGAAGAUACUUCUCAUAGUUUUAGGUUGUAAUUUGAACAAAAAUCCAAGAUUUGAAGAAGCUAAGGCUCCAAUAGCAACAUUAACCCAGCCACACCGAUACACAUGAUUUUUGACUACUGACUAGCCUUCUGCCAUUUCUGGCCUGCAGUGUGAUCAAUGACUUGUCCUUGGAGCAGCUGAACCUUGAAGAAGAAUUUUUGUCUGAUUUUAGUUUUGAUGAAGAGCACCUGCUGGAGGGGAGACAAUCUAAUUAGUGUGGUUUAAAGUAUUCUGGGAGUUUUACAGUAUUUAUUUCAAAUUGUUGCUCAGGAAUGAAAGCAUAAAGUUUUGACAUUGCACAUGCUAAAUGUUUUGGAUGCUUUAGUUCUUUUAAAUUAUAAAGUGGUGGAAAUAAAUGAUUAAUCUAUUCUUACUAAAAUAAAGACAGACAAACAUA